CUCAGCAGCACACUGCUCAAGCGCUCGGGCUCUGCGCCUGCAAGAGAGACAGAAGCAGCAGGUGACUUUGAGCCAGCUCGCAGAGCAUCAGCAGGAGCAUGGGUCCCAGCUUCCUGCAAAAGCAGUGGUGACUGCAGUUCCAGAAGGGGCAGCAGCUCAUGCUCCAGCAACCCCAGUGGCAUAGGUAUUGUGUUUGCCCUUGUAGAUCUGAGCAUUGACACUUUUCAGAAGGAAAAUAAUCUGAAAACCACUGAGAGUUAUGCAUUGUCAUUGACUUACGAUAUUUCAUCUUGCCUGAUAGUAGUGUUUAUAUCAUACUAUGGAGGGAGAGGAAACAUACCAAGAUGGAUUACAGUUUCCUCCUUUUUAAUAGGAUUUGGAUCACUCUUAUGUGCUUUUCCAUACUUUAGUGGUGGAAAUAACCAAAUGAAUGUACAAAUUGAAGAUAUUUGCCAAGAAAAGAAGAUUGUCAUACCUUGCAAGAAAUCAUCACUCGAAUCAAAAUAUGUACCUUUCUUCAUCCUUGGGCAGACUGUGCAGGGAAUAGCAGCAAUUCCUCUUUAUAUCCUUGGAGUGGCUUUUCUUGAUAACAGUGUUGCCACCCAUUCAGCUGGUAUUUAUCUAGGCUUCGUGGAAGCUUCAGUAAUAAUCGGAUAUUCUUUGGGGUAUGCAAUAGGAGCACCCCUAAUUAAGGCUUCUGAGAAUAGUACUUUUGAGAAAAGCAUUGAAAACAGUGAUAAUCAAUACUGGCUGCGGACUUGGUGGAUUCGUUUUGUUUUUGUCUCAGUUAUUGCAUGGUCUACAUUAAUACCAUUGUCAUGCUUUCCACACAAUAUACAAGGUACAGCAAAGAUAAAAGCCAGAAAACCUGAACAGCCUAAUUUGUUUCACAAGUUUGAAGAUCGGGAAUUUGGAACUAGUAUGAAGGAUUUAUUUGCCGCUAUUUGGAUUCUAGUGAAGAAUCCAGUGUUUUUGUGCUUAACUCUGUCCAAAGCUUCAGAAUCUUUAAUUACUAUUGGAGCAUCUGAAAUUUUGCCUAUUUAUAUAGAAAAUCAGUUUGUAUUAACACCUAGUAUGGCAACUACACUUUCAGGACUUGUUUUAAUUCCAGGAGGUGCAAUUGGCCAGCUCCUGGGAGGUGUCAUUGUUUCGAAGUUAGAAAUGUCUUGUAAAAACCUUAUGAGAUUUAUAAUGGUUACAUCUGUUGUUGCACUUAUACUGCUUGCACUUACAGUCUUUGUGCACUGUAAUCCAGUACCAUUUGCUGGAAUCAAUGAAGAUUAUGGCAGAACAGGUCAAUUGGGAAACCUGACAGCUCCUUGCAAUUCUUAUUGUAGAUGCUUAUCUUCAUUUUAUUCUCCUAUAUGUGGAAGAGAUGAUAUUGGGUAUUUUUCUCCUUGCUUUGCAGGCUGUACACACUCUAAAACAUUUAAUGAUCUCAAGGCAUACUACAAUUAUUCUUGCAUUAAGGAAGGAUUAACAAUUUCAGAUGAUGAAGGUGAACUUGUUGAUGCUAAACCUGGGACAUGUGAUGCAAAGUGCUAUAAAUUACCUCUGUUUCUUGCUUUUUCUUUUUCUUCAAUUGUGUUUUCUGAGUUUUCUGGUGUACCAAGCACCCUGAUUAUCCUUUGGAUUGUAUCUGACAAACAACGUGUUCUGGCCUUGGGUGUGACCUAUGUGAUUUUGAGAAUAUUUGGGACUAUUCCUGGACCAGUAAUCUUUAAAAUGAUCGGAGAAAGUUCUUGUACUUUUCGGGAUAUUGAGCGCUGUGGGAAGAAAGGAAGUUGUUGGUUCUAUAACAAGACAAAAAUGGCCCGCCUUUUGAUAGGAUUAUGUUUUUCUUGCAAAAUAUUCACUGUGUUUUUCACUGCUAUAGCAUUUGGAAUAUACAAAUUCUUAUUAAAGGAAAACAGUGACAUCCCACCUAUACCAGUGAAGAAUCUAAAAGUGAAAAAAAAGGAAAGAGCUAAAGGACAACUGGAUCAUCACGGUCAGGAUUGCAGAACAUCUGAGGACCAGAGUGUGAAAUAGGAAUUUCAACUUUAAAGAUUCUACUGUAUCUGUUGCUGUGCCCUACAUUCAGAAAAGGAAAAUCACAUGUGAUGUUUAACUAAGUAGUAGAAAUGUAUGUAUGGUGGUCUGCAUUUUCAUAAUAAAGUACCUUCU